AUGUACCAAUUGAUUAUUAUCUCACUUCUGCUGGUGAACUCUGAUGGCUUUCAGGUGCGAGGUCCCUCUGGUCCUCUAGAUGUUCCUCUGGGAGGUUCAGUGGUUUUGCCCUGUUAUGUCGACAAACCCUUAACAAUGGAGGGUCUGGAGGUGGAUUGGAGAAGAUCAGACACAGAGACUCUGGUUCAUCUGUAUCAAGAUGGUGAGAGUCGACCAGAGGUCCAGCAGCAGGAUUAUCAUGAUAGAGCUCAUUUCUUUACUGACCAGAUUCAACACGGAAACUUCUCCCUCCUGUUGAUCAAUGUGACAGCUGAAGAUGAGGGAAAGUACAGAUGUAAAGUUUUCAGUGGGCAGGAUUCUGGUGAAACUGUGGUCGAAAUAAAACAUGUUGAGCGUUUGAUAGUCUCGGGAUCAGAUCACUCCAUAUCUGCGUAUGCGGGUGAAGACGUCACUCUGAACUGCUCUGUGGACUCUCACAUCACACCUGAAGAGAUUGAAGAGCUUUCAUGGAAGAAAACAGAUAAAGAUGGAGAUAUUCUGGUCCUGCUCUACCAAAACAAUGAACCUUUACCCGAAUCAUCACAUGAGCAAUACAGAGACAGAGUUGAGUUCUUCACUGAUGAAAUCUCCAAAGGAAACUUCUCUCUCAGACUGAAGAGUGUCAGAACUGAAGAUAAAGGAGUUUAUAUGUGUCAAGUGUUUGCUGGAGGAGUUUCAGCCGACACAACUGUAGAACUGGAACAACUGGGUGAGUCACAGAUAAAUAAGAAAAACACAUAA